AGUGUUUUCGGGGCAAAAAGGUCUGUGGAGAUUACGACAUCAAAGUGGAACAGGCAGAAUUUUCAGAGCUCAACCUGGUGGCCCACGCUGAUGGAACCUAUGCUGUGGAUAUGCAGGUCUUCCGAAAUGGCACAAAGGUUGUCAGAUCCUUCCGGCCAGACUUCGUGCUUGUCCGGCAGCACUCCUUUGGCAUGGCGGAGAAUGAGGACUACCGAAACCUGAUCAUUGGCAUGCAGUAUGCUGGCAUCCCCAGCGUCAACUCUCUUGAUUCUAUCUACAACUUCUGCGACAAGCCCUGGGUGUUUGCCCAACUGGUGGCUAUCUACAAGAAUCUUGGAGGAGAGAAAUUUCCUCUCAUUGAACAGACAUUCUACCCCAACCACAAGGAGAUGCUGACACUACCGACGUUCCCCGUGGUGGUAAAGAUCGGGCAUGCACACUCGGGCAUGGGGAAGGUAAAGGUGGAGAAUCACUAUGACUUCCAGGACAUCGCCAGCGUGGUGGCCCUCACCCAGACCUAUGCCACAGCUGAGCCCUUCAUUGAUGCCAAGUAUGACAUCCGGAUCCAAAAGAUCGGCAACAACUACAAAGCUUAUAUGAGGACAUCCAUCUCAGGAAACUGGAAGACCAACACUGGAUCUGCGAUGCUAGAGCAGAUUGCUAUGUCGGACAGAUAUAAGCUGUGGGUGGAUUCCUGCUCUGAGAUAUUUGGAGGCCUGGAUAUCUGUGCUGUUAAGGCUGUGCAUGGCAAGGAUGGGAAGGACUACAUUUUUGAGGUCAUGGAUUGUGCAAUGCCUCUAAUUGGGGAACACCAGGCAGAGGACAGACAGCUAAUCACCGAACUGGUCAUCAGCAAAAUGAACCAGCAGCUCUCUCGGACCCCUGCCCUGUCUCCCCAGAGACCUUCAACUACCCAGCAACCUCAGUGGGAAAGUUUGAAGGAUCCGGAUUUGAGCAAGACACCCCCCCAACGCCCACCCUCAAGGUUGUGUUACCAGUAUAUUCUCGACUGUAACGCUUUAGAGAAAGUGCUGAGGCUUCUGGCCAUGACCCCUGCUGCCCAGGGCUGGGUGCACUCUUUGGCUCCGUGA